GCUCUCUUCAAUUCCAUUCACCUCUUAUCAGCGUGCAAUGUCGGCAAUUUCAAGUUCCGCACUUUUCCUUUCUAAUAACGCCAAUUACCCAUGAAAGUAAAACUCCCUUAAAAAAGAUGCCGCACACAAUACUCCUAAUCACGAUCAGUGCAAAUCCAGUCUGCGUCCGCAACUCUUCCCUCAUAUCACACAUCAUAUCAAUUUUGUCACGUGAUUCAUCCUCCAAGAUAAAUAUUCAGCUUUUCCCCGGCUUAUUAGUGUUGUGAUUUAAGCGAGUGGCGCGAUGACUCCUCACUGCAUCAAGGUCCUAGUCCUGCUGGCCAUCGUGGCGCUCCCCCGCACCGAGGCUCUCUUCUCCCGGCCACCGUUCGCCCCUUCGCCCAUCCACUUCCACCUCGAAGACGACGGCCCGCCAUUCAUCCCAAAAUACUCCUCGUUGAAGUUCUUCAGUCCAUCAAGCGUGUCGUCGGAUAAAUUCCCAUCGUGGAAGAAACCACCCAAGUACCUUGUUGGUAAAUUACCGGAUUGGAAGGUACCAGACUUCGUCGACGACGAAAAAAACCUAAAGGAAGUGGUUUUGGAGGAGCCGUUCCGACCGGUCUCUUUUGACUUUAAUUCACUGGCCAAGUCAAAGCACCGAUUCGACGACGUCAAACCGGUUACCGAGCACAUCGAAGGCGACCUCAAGUACGAUUUCAGGACCAAGACGCAUUCUAUCUGAUGAAAUGAGGGGGCGGAUGGACUAAUUGGGUCACUGUGAUGACGCCGCAUGACGGCUCUAUUUCAAUAUUUUCAACGAGCUGAACACCGGAGACAUUCUUUUCACGUUUUUAUGAGGAUUAUUUCGACAGGGAAUGUCUAGCGGUCAUGCGGCGAACGGGAUAUUUAUAAAUUCGUCGGGGAUUUUAUUGUUACCACGUGGAUUAUUAGUGCAUUAAGUUCUUUGUUUUACGACUAAUAAAGUUUUACGCUGUUUUAA